AUGACAGACGUUGAUGCCUUUCGGGAUGCGGAAUACAUCGCUGACGUGUCCGGCAUAUCCUAUGACGAUGCGGAGCCUCCCAGGCCAACAGGCACGCUCAGCAGCCAAAAUGCGCGUGUGAAGAAAGUCAAAUCAACUGCCAAAGUCGCGUUCAUUGAUCGAUUGCUGCGCGAUCUCGACAUAUUAAUUUAUUGUCAACUUUCCGCCCUGUAUUACAUGGACUGCUCGAUUGUCCUAUUUGCAAUACGUGCCAUUGUCGAAUUGAUCUUCUUCACGCCAAAAGCACCCCCCUUCGAACCCACACGCCAUCAACCGUUCGUCGGCGCCAUCAUUGGCAGUAACCUCAUCUGCAUGCUCUUUCAUGCUUUCCUGAUCCGUCCCGAAGCUGGCGAGGAAACGCGCGGCUACCUACAUGGGGGACUGUUCAUCGACUUCAUCGGGCAGGCUCCCGUAUCUGUUUACCGGCUUCUUUCCUUCGACCUUUUAAUCCUCCUAAUCGAUUUCAUCAUGCUGGGCUUGAUUAUCGAGCGGGUGAAGACUAAUGGAACACCCACCCCAGUGGCUGCAACGCCCAAUGCAGAUACACCCACAGAUACAAUCACAGAUACAAGCCCAGAUGCGGAGGGGUCCCAGUCACAAGAUCAUGACGCCGAAGAACGUGGUAUUUUACGACAAGAGGAUGGCGGUGAAACGGUUUCCCCCGCUCAUGAUGGUAACCAUAUAGACGAAGAGGUUGAAGAUGAGCGCACGACGCUCUUGGCUGACCCGGCCGACGCGGAAUCUGGAAGUGCUGGUCGGGGUGAGCACCCGAUGGAUACAUUUGCGGCUGGCGAGGCUGUUAUUGUCAACAUGAGCUUCCUGGGUACAAUUCGUGAUCAGUGGCGCCACUCAAAUGCGGCGGCACGGUCGACAUCGGGCUUUGUGCCAUCUCCCGAAACGGCAACGUUCCUUCGGCAGCGCUUUGGUCUCCAGGUUGGGACUGAUGGUCGCAUUGAGCGUGCGAAUGCAAUAUGA